ACCCCCUGGAAGCCUCCUUCCUCCUUCCUUCUCCCCGUGGCGCUCUUUACCCGAGAAGAGAAACCCCGCGCGCAAAAGGAGACACCGAUCGAUCCUCUGUGAAAUCAAUAAAUCCAAAGAGAGCCCCCCCUCCCUAUCCUCCCCGCCGCCACCCCGAUCAGCGCCCAACCCGGAGAGAACUCCACACCGGUGUGGCGAUCCCUCUGAGGGAUGGUUGUUAUUUUCCCAGCCCAGGGAGGCGGGCUGGUGCUCCUCCUUCGCAGCCCCGUUGAAUUGUAUUCCUGGCUACAGUGCUUGAGACCGCGAUGAGGACCUGGGCAGGAUUUUGGCUCAUAGGCUUGUGCUACCUGGCCCUCGUGCUGGCGGAGGAAGCUGAGAUCCCGCAAGAGGUGAUCGAAAGGCUGGCUCACAGCGAGAUCCACAGCAUCCGUGACCUGCAGCGCCUCCUGGAGAUUGACUCCGUAGGAUAUGAUGAUCCGUCAGAGACAAACUUGAUACCGCAUAGCAUUCACUCUGUCAAACACGGGCAAGAAAAUCGUCCCAGACCUAUUCGCAGGAAAAGAAGUGUUGAGGAAGCCAUUCCUGCCGUCUGCAAAACGCGAACCGUAAUUUACGAGAUACCUCGGAGUCAGAUCGACCCGACGUCUGCUAAUUUUCUGAUAUGGCCGCCGUGCGUGGAGGUGAAGCGUUGCACGGGCUGUUGCAACACCAGCAGUGUGAAAUGCCAGCCGUCGCGGAUACACCACAGAAGCGUCAAGGUGGCAAAAGUGGAAUAUGUUAGAAAAAAGCCAAAAUUAAAAGAAGUCCUGGUGAAGCUAGAAGAGCAUAUGGAAUGCACCUGUACGUCGUCAAAUUCUAAUUCAGAUUUUCGAGAAGAAGAAACGGGAAGGCCUGGGGGGAAAGGUAAAAAACGGAAAAGAAAAAAGUUAAAACCCUCAUAAAAAAAUACUGCCGAUGACCAGAUGUAAGGUGAAAAUAAGCUAGAAAACAUUUCUCUCUGGGACAUGGAUGUACAUUGUUUGUUACAUUCCUGAACCUACUAUGUAUGGUGCUUUAAUGACUGUAUACUUCAUUCAUUCUCCUACGUUGGGGGGGAAAUUGUCUUAAAGAAAGAGAGAGAAAGAGAGAGAGAGAGAGACUUCACGAGAACAAAGAGACAAUGUACAUUUGUUUAAUACGACAUCAAAGCAAGUAUUGUAGCACUCUACGAAACAAUACGAAAGUUUCCCUGUCCAAACAACAACAACAACAACCCAAGAAGACAACUCAAGAAAAAAAUGGCAUUGGUAGAGGAAUACCAAAAGUACCCUGGCAACACGACAAAAGACAAUGCUAAAUUAAGUGAAGAACAGAUUUCCUCUGGGAAGAGCAGUCAAUGGUGCUUUCUUUUCUGUUUGUUUUUGUCAAGAAAUGUGUCUGCAUUCUUGAUAAAGGUGGAUGGACAUUGAUGGAUGGACACUGAUGGAGUUUAGGCACACAUACAAAAAAAAAAAGAAAGAGCAGGAAUGUAUCAAAUGUCACAGCAGACACUUAUAGAAGCAGUGCGAUUUUGCUUGACGGUAUUUUAACGUCUAUACAAAAAAAAAUCCUUCUGGGGCGCCUUAAGUGGAUGUUUUUUUUUUUGUUUUUCUUUUUUUUACACCAUAAAGUUAUUAUUAAGCUUUCUUUUUACUCUUUGCCUAGCUUUUUAUUAUCCUUUUUGGACUACAUUUACCAAUAACCCAUAUAGAAGACUGCUGUAGCGAUGGCGAAGCGGGACAGACAGACAAGUAUGGAAUUUCUCCUAGUGGGAUGCAAACUAAUGAGAUGUAUUAAAAUAAAAAUGGUAUACCUAUGCAUAA